AUGAAAGAAGACGCUGGGUUGAUUCCAGUUGAAGAUGCUGAUCGUGGUUUAAAUGUUCUAUCACAUUUUGAUACAGAAAUCCGAUCUACCAGUUCAAGGACAGAAAGGACUUUCUGGAUAGAUCUAGUAGUCCUGAUCUUCCAGAUCUUUGGUGACCACAGCCAGUUGCUUGGGUUCCAAUGGUGCGAAGUAUCGACCGACGAGCAUAUGGAGUUUAUAAUGGACCCUGAUACCUGGAUGCGCACUGCGGGAAUAAAGUACCAUGAUGGGCUAGGUUACGAUCAGGAGUCCCAAAGUCGCCUGAUUAUGGAAGGCUCCAGCAAAAGUAUCACAAGGGAAGACAUAGAAGCAUACCCAGGAAGACACAAUCAAAAAUCUCCAUUUUUCAAUUGA